CGCUGAGCCCGAGGCGCCGGCUCGGCAGCCAGUCGGCCGGAGCGCGAGAGCAGGGACCCGGGCGGUUGGCGGCGCACGCCGGGGAGGUUGAGGCGGAAGAGCGCGCGUUCGGGCCCCGCGGUAACGGUUACCUCCGGGCGCCGCGGACAGUGUCCUGUGGCGGUCCCGCCGGCUUCGGCGUCUGGACUGUGGCACCGCGCGGGGACUCCCCCCGCGCCCCCGCUGCCAACGUUAAGCGAGGGCCAAAGCCCGCCGCCCGCCCCCCAGCAUGCGCACCUCGUACACCGUGACCCUGCCCGAGGAGCCCCCCGCCGCCCCCUUUCCCGCCCUCGCCAAGGAGCUGCGGCCGCGCUCCCCUCUCUCCCCGUCCCUGCUGCUCUCCACCUUCGUGGGGCUCCUGCUCAACAAAGCCAAGAAUUCUAAGAGUGCCCAGGGUCUGGCUGGUCUUCGAAACCUUGGGAACACGUGCUUCAUGAACUCAAUUCUGCAGUGCCUGAGCAACACCCGAGAGUUGAGAGAUUACUGCCUCCAGAGGCUCUACAUGCGGGACCUGCACCACAGCAGCAAUGCACACACAGCCCUCAUGGAAGAGUUUGCAAAACUAAUUCAGACCAUAUGGACUUCAUCCCCCAAUGAUGUGGUGAGCCCAUCUGAGUUCAAGACCCAGAUCCAGAGAUACGCACCGCGCUUUGUCGGCUAUAAUCAGCAGGACGCUCAGGAGUUCCUUCGCUUUCUUCUGGAUGGGCUCCAUAAUGAGGUGAACCGAGUGACACUGAGGCCUAAGUCCAACCCUGAGAACCUCGAUCAUCUUCCUGAUGACGAGAAAGGCCGACAGAUGUGGAGAAAAUAUCUAGAACGGGAAGACAGUAGGAUCGGGGAUCUCUUUGUUGGGCAGCUAAAGAGCUCCCUGACGUGUACAGAUUGUGGUUACUGUUCUACAGUCUUCGACCCCUUCUGGGACCUCUCACUGCCCAUUGCUAAGCGAGGUUAUCCUGAGGUGACAUUAAUGGAUUGCAUGAGGCUCUUCACCAAAGAGGAUGUGCUUGAUGGAGAUGAAAAGCCAACAUGCUGUCGCUGCCGAGGCAGAAAACGGUGUAUAAAGAAGUUCUCCAUCCAGAGGUUCCCAAAGAUCUUGGUGCUCCAUCUGAAGCGGUUCUCAGAAUCCAGGAUCCGAACCAGCAAGCUCACAACAUUUGUGAACUUCCCCCUAAGAGACCUGGACUUAAGAGAAUUUGCCUCAGAAAACACCAACCAUGCUGUUUACAACCUGUAUGCUGUGUCCAAUCACUCCGGAACCACCAUGGGUGGCCACUAUACAGCCUACUGUCGCAGCCCAGGGACAGGCGAGUGGCACACUUUCAACGACUCCAGCGUCACUCCCAUGUCCUCCAGCCAAGUGCGCACCAGCGACGCCUACCUGCUCUUCUACGAACUGGCCAGCCCGCCCUCCCGAAUGUAGCGCCAGGAGCCACGUCCCUUCUCCCUUCCCCGUGGUGGCCCCGCUCCCUAAGUUUCUUAAAAAGACAAAAACAACAACAACAACAACACGCAAACCUGACGAGAAAAACAAACCUGAAGCUGCCGAGCAGGAGUGGACGCAGCCUGGUCAGGGUCUGGAGCAAGCAGCCGGGCGUUCAUGAGCUGUGGCCCGGCAGGGAAGAUCGCCUGGACGUGGAGCCAGCGUCGCCCCGUGCCCUCGGCGUCUCCGUUUGCAUUUGUAAACUUGUGGGCUUCCUAUGUGUCAGAAACAACCGCGUCUGUGGAGAGCAGGCCCUCGCUGCGCCGCUGCCCGCCGCAGUGCCCGCGCCUCCGAGGGGACAGCGCCCUCUGGAGCUUGCUGGGAGCAUCGCCGCCUGGACGCCCGCGCCGCGGAGGAGCCGGCGCCCAUCUCCACCCGCACCGCUCGCCGGUCCAGAGCCCGAAAACACCCAUGAGCCAAGAGCCCUCUUCACGCUGCUAACUCCAGGGGACAGACGAAAGGACAUCUUUGGAAAACGCUGGUUUUGGUUUUUAAAAAGUCCAACUUUUUUUUUUUAAUUUCCAUAACUAAAGUGUUCAGACUGGAGUGCUCUCCUUCAGGCCUCUUCAUAGCUGGGACAUUGCACUGGUCCUUUGUUUUUCCAAGUACAACUUUUCUAAUGCUAGCCGUGGUGCUAGGUGGGCGUUGGCCAGGCCCCAAGCACAGCCACAGUAGACCUGGGAUCUAAAACAAGUUUCUGUUUGGGGGGUUUGGGAUUUUUUUUUUUUUUUUUUUUUUAAUGUCAUGAAUGGAAUUUAGUUGCCUCCAAGAAUUGUGCCUUAUAGCAUUUGGGGACCAGGGGGUAACUGCCCCUCCCUGAAAUAUCCCUCAGCCUCUUCCCUUUUCCCCAGUGCCAUGUUCACACCCGCCCGGGAAAGGGAUCCUGCCCUUAGCCCUGGCUCGUUGUGCAUUGCAGUGAGGCGAAGAAGAAAGCAGGUAGGAGAUUCCUUCCAACGGUGCAUCAAGUUCUUCCCGCCUACGUCCUCUAACCCACCCCUGGUCUGCUCCCCAGCUGUUUGAAGGAUAGCACAAGCCCCUCGUCCCUAGAGCUUCUCUCCCCUUUUAUUUAUUCUCUUAACACCCCUUUCCCUCCGGCCUUCCUGCCCCCGCCCCCUUCUCAGAGCCUCCUAGACAAUAGGCCCUUUGGACCGAGUUUCUCAGGGAUGCCUAGGCCGCCCCUCAGCCCUUCUUGGCGUUGGUCUCCAGUCCUGCCCUGGGAGCUGGAGUCUGGGUAUUUGGGGCCAUCUUGCCUCCGUUGUAUGGUUCUUACCUGUGGGCUCAAUUUUGCCCUACAUAGUUGGACAAAACUCUGUGCUGUCCUAGCGAGUAAAGCUGUUCACCCACACAGCUGGGCCCGGCUUGUGCCCCGUGGAGCCUGGCACGUUCCAGGCCCCCAGGUGGAGGCAUCAGAGAAAGACACCCUGAGUUUUACUGGCCUGACACCCUUCUCCAGGGAAGACCUGUGAACCUGAGCCCAAGGGCAAGUGUACACUUGUUUACUGUGUAAGCAAGAGUAGAAGAAUGUCUAAUGUACAGUGGAACCUUGUACAGAAUAAAUAAUAGCUUUGAGAAAUCA